AUGGCGUGCUCCACCGGUCUCUGCUUCUCGGCGUCGAUUCUUCCUCUUCCAGCCUCUUGUUCUUCUGGCUCCUCCCACUUCCUCACGAUCGAGCGUGUGUCCUCUUCUCCGUCCUUGUCCAGAUGGACAAUCCAAUACAAGCAAUUGGGACAUACAUUAUAUCGGAGAAGCCACGUUCUGGCCUUUGCUAGUGCAGAUGCACCACAAGGCAAAAGAAGCUCAGGUGAGAAUGUUGUGAUGGUUGAUCCACUGGAAGCUAAGCACCUAGCUGCUAAACAAAUGCAAGAAAUUAGGGCCAAAGAAAAGCUGAAGAGGCGCCGUCAAGCAGAAGCGAUCAACGGGGCAUUGGCAAUGAUAGGACUGACUGCUGGAUUGGUAGUGGAAGCUCACACAGGAAAGGGCAUCUUAGGGCAGGCUGAGCUCAUGGCUCGCGUCUACGUUGGGAACCUGGAUCCGCGUGUCACGGCGCGGGAGAUCGAGGACAAGUUCCGCACGUUUGGGGUUCUGAGGAGUGUAUGGGUUGCUAGGAAACCACCAGGGUUUGCCUUCAUUGACUUUGAUGACCGCAGGGAUGCACAAGAUGCCAUUCGUGAAUUGGAUGGUAAGAAUGGUUGGAGGGUUGAGCUGUCAACCAAAGCUGGUGGUGGCCGUGGCCGAGACCGUAACGGUUCUGAUAUGAAGUGCUAUGAGUGUGGUGAAUCUGGCCACUUUGCACGUGAAUGUCGCUUACGGAUUGGUUCGGGAGGCCUGGGUAGUGGAAGGCGUCGCAGCCGAAGUCCUAGAAAUCGCAGCCGUAGCCGAAGUCGCAGCCGCAGCCGCAGCCCAAGAUAUCGAAGGAGCCCAAGCUAUGGCAGAAGGUAA